AUGCUGAGGCAGCACGACCGCCAAAUCUCCCUCGAUGACUUGGAUUCCGACGACCCAAAUAUAGCCCUGCUGCAUCCUGAAGUUGUCGAUGGUCACUAUCGCUCUCGAGACCACAUUCCCGUCUGUACCCCAGGCCUCUUCUACAUCGUCCGCCGGCGACUCCUGUCAAGGCAGUGUUUUCGUAGCUUCCUUUACUUGGUCAAGUGGCUAUCUUUUCUGACGCUCCUCGUCCUGAUUCUCACACCUCUCUUCUUCUCCUCCUACCGGCACCCACCAAAGCACUAUCUCGCUCUUGAGGCCAGAUGCCGACCGCAGGCAUCCCCAGGAUGUGCGAACUUGUACAACGAGAAGAUAUUCAUCUCGAUCAGCCUGUACGACCGUGGUGGUGCCCUCGCCGGCGGCCGAUGGGGUGACCGUCUCCUUGACCUCAUCCACAUUCUCGGGCCUGACAAUGUCUUUCUGAGCAUCUACGAGAACGACGGCGACGACGCCGCCGCCGCCGCACUCCGUCGGCUAGAAGAGCGCGUCCCCUGCCGAAGCAAGGUCGUCUUCGAAGGCGCCCCCUCCCUUGACGCCUUCCCCACCGUCACGAUGCCCGACGGCACGCAGCGCGUCAAGCGCAUCGCCUACCUCGCCGAGGUCCGCAACCGGGCCCUCGAGGCCCUCCCCAGCUCCAGCAGCGCCGGCGGCGACGACGACGACCUGUUCGACAAGGUCCUCUUCCUCAACGACGCGCUCUUCGACCCCCUCGACGCCGCCCACCUCCUCUUCAGCACAAACGCCGACCCGGCCUCGGGCCGCGCCCGGUACCUGACCGCCUGCGCCCUCGACUUCUUCCACCCGCUGCGCAACUACGACGUCUACGCCCUGCGCGACGCCGACGGCAACUACCCGGGCAGCACCAUGUUCCCCUUCUUCACCGGCGCUGGCCGCGGGCUCUCGCGCCGCGACGUGCUCGCCCAGCGCGACGCCGUCCGCGUCGCCUCGUGCUGGGGCGGCAUGGUCGCCGCGCGGGCCGCCUUCCUGCAGAGGGACGCCCGCGUUGGCGACAUCAACGGGUCUCUUGCAGGCCCCGGCCCCGCCGCUGAUUUCCCGGGCGCGGGCGCGACCGGCCAUAGUGUCGUUGUAGACCGGACUGCCACCCCGCCGCUGCCACCAGGGGAAGACCUCGCCGUGGAGGGGACCCCGGUGGUGCGGUUCCGGCACGAGCCCGGGCUGUUCUACGACGCGUCCGAGUGCUGCCUGUUCCACGCCGAUAUGCGCGAAGCGUCGUCGUCGUCGUCGUCGUCGUCGCGCUCCGCGGGCGCCGCGUGGCAGCUCGGCGAGCUGGCCGGGGGCGUCUACGUGAACCCGUACGUGCGCGUGGCGUACCGUUGGGACGUCUUCUCGAGGCUGCGCGUCGCGAGGCUGUGGGAGCGCCUGCUGGUCGUGCCGGGCGCGCUCGUCAACUGGUGGGACGCGGAGCCGCGGCCGAACCCGUACCGCGGGGUGCGCGCGGGCGCGGGCAGGUACUUUGAGGAGGAGGUGUGGGCGGAGGGCGGGUGGAGGCUGGAGCGGCGGGAGGGGAGGCCGGGCAUGUUCUGCGGGGUGAGGGAUAUGCAGGUCGUCUCGCUGGAGCGGAGGGACGAGGGGGGUGGGAAUUACAUGAACACGAGAGUGCCGCCCGGGCAGAAGUUGGAGUUCCCCAUGAUGUGGGGGGAGUUGCUGCCCGAGGACUGGAAGGAGGAGUACGCCGCUUGUUCUGAGGCCCAGAAGAAGGCGUACUGGGAUUCUCCGUGGUGGAAGCCGGUUGUGAAGUGCCGGCACUAA